GUGAGAGCGGUGUCGCCUCCGCUUCCUCCUCACUGCGCCUGCCGGCUGGGAAACUAAGGCACCAGUACGAUAGUUCCGGCACCGGAAAAGAGGGCCGAUGACUGGGCCCGGGGACCGUCGCAAACAACGACCCUUGGGGCCGGCAAAGAACCGGAGAGGGUGCUUGCACUUCCAAGCACCCCACACCAAGGACAGGCUGGACGGCAAGGCGGAGACUCGGGGCCUGGGCUGUCAGACCGGGGGCAGCAGGAGGUUGGGCCAAGGGCCAGGACUUCCCCUUACAAUUUAAUUUUUUGAUCCCGGCACCGCCAGCGGCGGCGGUGGCAGAGAAGGAACUCGACACGCACCAACCGCCCUCCCGCCCCAGCCGAAGCGGAAGCUGUAGCCCGCUCUGGGCCGGGGCCAUGGGCGCCCCGCGCCGCCCGGGUCAUGAGGACGGAGGCGGAGGCAGCGGGGCCGCCGCUCGAGCCCGGGGACUUUGUGCAGCUGCCUGUGCCAGUCAUCCAGCAGCUCUACCACUGGGACUGUGGCCUGGCCUGCUCCAGGAUGGUGCUGCGGUACCUGGGCCAGCUGGACGAUAGUGAGUUUGAGAGAGCCCUGCAGGAGCUGCAGCUGACGAGGAGCAUCUGGACCAUCGACCUGGCCUACCUGAUGCACCACUUUGGUGUGAGGCACCGUUUCUGUACCCAGACCCUGGGCGUCGACAAGGGCUACAAGAACCAGUCUUUCUACAGGAAGCACUUUGACACAGAGGAGACCCGGGUGAAUCAGCUGUUUGCACAAGCCAAGGCCUGCAAGGUGCUGGUGGAGAAAUGCACGGUGAGCGUGCAGGACAUCCAGGCACACCUGGCUCAGGGCCAUGUGGCCAUCGUGCUGGUGAACUCUGGGGUGCUGCACUGUGACCUGUGUUCCAGCCCUGUCAAGUACUGCUGCUUCGCCCCCAGUGGCCACCGCUGCUUCUGCCGCACUCCUGACUACCAGGGCCACUUCAUCGUCCUGCGCGGCUAUAACCGGGCCACUGGCUGCAUCUUUUACAACAACCCAGCCUAUGCCGACCCAGGAAUGUGCAGCACCAGCAUCAGUAACUUUGAGGAGGCCAGAACCAGCUAUGGCACAGAUGAGGACAUCCUCUUUGUCUACCUGGACAGCUGACAGCAGGAGCCUGGUGUGCCCAGGCCCUUGGACCCCAUCCCCACCCCAGCUGGGCCCACUCAGGAUGCCCUGGCCCAGGCCUGGGGCUGCUGGGGCUGGAAUGUGGAACUGCAGCCUCAGCCCAUCUGGCAGAGCCCCAGGAACUCUGGGAUACUGUGGCACAGCUGCUUUGUCUGCCAGUGCCGUGUGUUGUCAUGUCGCUCACGCCAAGCACCUGCUGGCUGCUGGAAGCAUACCCCAAGACCCCAAGCCUGACUCCAGCUGUGCCCACAGGAAGUCCAGUCCCAACAGUGCCCUUGUUGCCUUUGAGCCAGACCCAAGGCAAGGGUCUCCGCACAGACCGCAGGGCUGAGUCUGGAGAGAGAAGUCGCUUGACUAAUGCCACUUGUCAGGACAGUAUGUGAGUGUCUGGAGACAGCAUAGUUGACCCCAAUGCCCCAGAACUGAGGACCCCUCCAGGCCCCUCUCUUCUGGAAGUGCUGCAUAUGCCCCCAUGCCCCGUGGUUGACGACACCACCGCCUCCUGCCUACCCGUGGGCCCAAGUUUCUGCGGCUCGUUACAGGGUGUCUGGCCCCUGCCACCCAGCAUAGACACACCUCACAGCUGCCCUGCCAUGCAGAGCCCUGGCCCUGGAGACUCUUAAGCCCUCCACAGCCCUCCAGGUCCUCCAGCUCAGAUGGAGGGCUCUCAGGGGUGUGGCCUGGGCCUAAAUCCCACUGGUAGGCCUGAUGGCUGGCAGCACAAUGUGUGCUCUGGGAAUAAACAGCUGCCCUAGACCCAGAGGGAUCUCCGCACCCAGGAAGCCUCCUGACACCAGCCUAAAUCCUGACAGUAGGGUCUGCCCUCUGAGUGUGGGGAGCCCCUAGUCCUUUAAGGUUGGCUGCUACGGCCUGUGCUCCAAAGCAAUGGGCAGGAGCAGCCUGCAGCUACCCACCCAACCUGGUCUUCACACGAGGUUGCACGUGAUACUGGGCCUCUUUUAUCUUGACGGAGAAGAGGGAUUCCUGCCUAGGAUCUUACAACACAGCAAGUAGCAUAGAGCUCUUUCCUUCCUCUUUUUUUUUUUUUUUCUUUGGUUGGGGUCAGGGGUUGUUUGAGAUUUAAGUUUUCAUUUUUGAGGGGUAAUCACCUUCAAGUAUAACAGUAAUCGUAAGAGUGAAGGUACUUUGGAACCACUAACACCUCUGCACAGGGCAGUUAGCCAGCUCAAGUUCUUUUUCAGAGAAAGGGACUUGGCCAGCGGUUUAAGUAUCUGCCCCUUCACCUCACAGACGAGGCAGCUGGCCCAGUCUGGGGAAGCUGCCCAGGACAAUGGUGGAGCUGGGUCUUGAACCCCAGUCUGUACCUAAAAAACUAAGGGAAAUUGAUCAUUUUCAAAGGGGCAACAGUGAUACCAUCCCUGCACUCCUGGGUCCUGCUCUUAUAGUGCCCAAGGCAGGGCAUGGUGGCAGCUGGCCCCUCCCCCACCAGGUGACUCUGGGGGCAGAGGUGGGCUCUGUUUAGGAGGGCGGUCAGACCACCCAGCCAAAUUGCUCCUCAACCCUAGACAAAGCCUUUGGCCAAGAGGGAGGUGCUGUUAGCUGGGCAGCCCUUCUGGGUUUCAGAGACUGGUGUUGGCUCCAGACUGGUCUCAUCUCCAUUGCCUUAAUGCCAGGUGGCCCAGGAGUACCCAUGCACAGCAGCUGUGGGGUGUGGGCAUCUUCAGGAGGUGUUCUGGUAAAAUUGUGAGAAUAGCUGUGUGAAGGAAACCAGUGGAAGGAAAUGAAGUUUUCAGGAUGACGGGAUGUGAUUCAGACACAGCGCACAUGCUGUUAGGGCUGUCACUAGGGAGUGGCCUUCAUGGAGGGUGGUAACAGCACCUCAGUCCAUCCAAGAUGUUUAGAAACACUCAGUCUCUGGUCCCAGAGGAUGGCUUCUCAGGGCACACCACAAGUUAAAGGUCACCUGCCUGGAAGAUGAAUGAGAAAGCUGCCCGUUCUGAAGACCCAUCUGCCUAGGGAGGGUCGCAGAGGCAGGAUGUAAGCCACACUGUGUUGCAUUCUUGCACAAGUCAUGAAAAUGCGGCCAGAGAGAGAGCCUGGACAUCGGGGACUUUUGCCCACAGCACAUGACACCCACAGCUGCCCAGCCCGUCCACGUGCUGGGGACCAGCACAGCACCUGAAGCCAUGUGCGACAGUGGGCUUUGUUCAUUCUAGCCACAGGGGGAUGAAAGGGAUCUUUUGCAUUGCAGAGAUUUUAUAUAUAUUUUGUUUGUAACGAGCCAUUCUCAAUAAACAUUAUUCUCACUGCAAAA